GUUGGUGACAAUGCCCCUCAACUCCCUUUUCUGUAUUCCUCUACCCCCUGCUUCAUCUGAUCCAGCAGACCAUUACCGAACUCAUUUCGACUCACUUGCCCGAAAGAUUCUGCUUGACUAUGAUCUCUACAUCGGAGAUAAGCGAUAUGAUAUUCUUGAGGUAGAAAUGUAUUUGAAUACCUCUGAACUGGGCCACGAGGAUCCACACUGCCACAACCAUCCCCUUCAAAAGACUUUCAGCAAUUGGUACUUCCAUCGUAUUGGAAAGACAGAUGGUUUCAAAGGCGGUAGUCGUAAAGGAGUUGACAUUACGAUGGGUAAUCCAGAUAACGAUACCAAAGGUGGUAUGAUUAUCCGAGCCAUAAAGGAACAAGAGACGGACAGACUUGUGGAAGGGCCUAGUCUCGUUGUAGAUGAGAUAUUGCAAGUACAUGGGCAUACAAGUCUCAAAGCGUUUGUCUCAGAGAAAUGGAAAGAUAAACCAGCCAACUGCUGGGCAACCGAUACCUGCCUCUAUCUAGUCAAGAAAGAAAAUCAAGAUACCAGCAUGCAAGCCCCUGCAAAAAGACGAAAGCUUGAUAGACCUCUUCUCAUGGGUACUAUCUAUGCAUCCUGCCGAGUAGGCUUAAGAACUUGGAAAGCCAACACGCCCUACGACAAAUGCCUUUGGUUUGUCGGUAUACCCUAUCGUUACGUACAGCAGCCAUGGCUGUUGAAGAAAGGAAGGAUAUGGACAGUUCUUGAGAUGUUGGACAAAAACAUGGCCGAGAAAGAUAUCGCGAGCCUGAACAACAUCAGCAUCAACCUAGUAAAGAAAUACAAGGAAGCGUACGAAAAAGGACAGAGUGCUCCUUUGGAGGCUUUGAGACAUAUUAUGACCAAGGAUAUUCUUAGUGACAGUCUCUGGAGAAUAGAGGCAAUGAGUGCAAUUCGAUGGUGGGGAAGGCAGAAUGAGAAAGGAAGAGCUCAAGCAAUUAGUCAUAUACCUAUACGUUAAUCAUCUAUAUUGUAUGUUGUUAAAAAAUAGUAAUAAACGAUUAAAGUAUACGGGAGUAUACAUACUAAAGC